UCGACAAGUGUGCUGGGUCAGAGAUCACGCAUUCAGGCACACCGCGUAUCCUGUCAGAUACUGUUCUGUGGAGCGGCUGGACAUGUUUCUUCUUUUCCUGUCUAAAAUACGUCUAAUUUGGACCUAAAGCGCUCUCUACAAGCACUGUGACAUCUAAAGUGGUCCAGAAAUAGAUACAGAUCAUCGCUGUAAAGAACAAGUUUGCGGAGAGUCUUGAGCAAGAUUUCAACAAAUUAUCUAAUAUAUCUGAGAACUAAACUGACUUUUCUAUAGCUGGAAAAAAGGAACAGAUGAUCAAAAUGUAUAAACGAUGUUUGAGUCUGAAGAAAGCCCUUCUUUUAGUGUUCUGUGUCGGGUGUACAAGCUUCAUGUAUUACCUCGUCAUGCUGCCGAAUGACGCACGUGAGGCGGCUAAAUCUAAGUUCGAAACCCCUGCUGAGGUGCGAAGUCGAGUGGAACGGGAGACACGAGCGACCGAGACUUCUUUAUUGUCACCUAAUGAACCACAUCAUGCCCCGCCUACAGUAAAAGUACCGGACAACGUCAAACAUACACCAAAAGAGCCAGAUAAUGCCCAGCCUGCACCAAAAGAGCCAGAUAAUGCCCAGUCUGCACCAAAACAGCCAAAUAAUGCCCAGCCUAUUCCAAAAGUGCCAGAUAAUGUCCAGCCUGCACCAAAAGAGCCAGAUAAUGCCCAGCCUGCACCAAAAUACUCAGAUUGCAAGUGUGGCAAACCUACACCACAAGAACCAGUCAAGCCCACAUCGACGGAAGCUGCGGAACACAAACGAACUGCAGUGAUCAUCAUGACCCGGAUGAGGAGCGGCUCAACAUUUGUUGGAGAAAUAUUCAACCAGCACCCCGAAGCCUUCUACAUCUUUGAACCGAUCUGGGCUCUUGAAAAUCAUAGAAAUAAAACAUAUAACAGUCCGAAAUUUCAGGUUGAAUGGCUCCACAGCUUGGCUGACUGCAGAUUGGACGGGGUUCAAGACAUUUUGAACGUCUAUCUUACCUCAAAAGGCCUUGGGGUGAUGGCAACGUGUAGGGCUGUAGACGGGCUUUGUGCAAGAUACAGAAACUUUACGUCUCAAUGGCCCGGUCGAUGCCCCAUACCCGACGACAAAAUGUCACAAGUUGUGGGUAACGCUUGUCUAACAAAGAGAUUCACAGCCAUCAAGACAAUACGACUUGAAGACAUCGACCCUCUUCAGCAGAUUGCUGAAAACGCUGAGAUAAAUCUAAAGGUGAUCCAAUUAGUAAGAGAUCCCCGCGGAGUCAUUGCGUCACGACUGUCACUGGUCCAGAAGAACGUCUCAGUCAUGACCGCUCUGCAUAACCAGGUGGAUGAAAAUGAAGUUCGGGAACUCUGUGACUGGAUGACAAGAAACAAACCAACAAACCAGGGACCCAACAGUUGGCUGCAAAAGCACCACGCACUCCUGCGAUACGAGGACAUUGGAAGAAAUCCAAUAGGAUUGAUGAAAAAAGUAUACAAAUUCAUAGAUACCCCUAGUCAUGAAAAUGUCACUAAAUGGCUUCAGACCCAUACCAAAACGUCUAAAAAAAUUAAGGAGAGAAGAGAUCCAUUCGGAACGAAAAAAGACCCAGAGAAGACAAUGAAUGAAUGGCGAACAAAACUAAACUUUAAAGACGUGCAAAAAAUACAGUCGAUUUGCAAGGAAGCUAUGUAUAUGCAUGGUUACAAAUUUGUGAUGUCGGAAUCAGAGAUGAGCGAUAGUUCCCUGAACUUUCAUGGACCGAAUGUGUCCUUGUUAGAUAUUAAAUGAUUGACCUUUAUUUGAUUUGGUAAGACCUUAUGUCAUAGUGGCGAUUCUCUUUAUUUCAAAUCAGGAGUUAUAGGAGUAUCUAUGCAGCUAAAAGUACCAGAAUCUUGCUACCUCAAGGAAUGAAUGAAUGUACACUAAGAUAGAAAAAGGUGAAACUACCACAUGGAUUCUAUGUUAUUAUGGGUUUUGUCACAGGAAUAAUCGCAAAAAUUUACAUACAGCAAUGUGUAGUGCGCUUACGGUACCACAUACUAGUAUUCUCCAAGGUAAAAAAUACAUUGAAUUUAAUUGCAACUUGUAUGCCGUUGUACUGUACUGUACAUGUGCCGUAGCUGCAUUUGUUUUGCUUGUAUUGUGCUAGAAAUUUAAAUGCAUGUAAAUAUGGAUAUUUCUAAUCUGGCUUGUUCAUAGAAUGUGUGUGAAAUAAAUAAUAUUUAUCUGAUCCAUGUACUAGUAUUUACGUCCUUCUAAAAUGUGCCACAGAGGUUUAUAUAGCUCGUUAUCGGUGCAAAUGGAAGCACUAGUCUAAGAAAAGACGCAUAACGUCCUUGGUUUAAGAUUAAUCUGCCAAAAGGGGGCGCCAUUGUACCUUCGCCGCAGGACAGGUACUCAAAAUGGCGGACAAUUAGCAUACCUGUCCAACAGCCUGAUUUGCCACACUACAACAUUGUACAACAUUUGGGCGAGAAGUGUUUUGAGAUUUUGAACAUAGAAUGUCUAUAGUUAAACCGAAUUAGAUAGCAUUUUGAUGAAUAGAUAAAUGGAUAUAUAUAAUGUACUAUCCUUACAGUAAAAUACUACCUGGGUUCAGUCGCUUAAGAUCAGCCUAUAUCCAAAUAUUUUCUUUAUUUCGAUUUUUCUUAUUUCAGUUUGCUUUGGAAUGUGUUGUUUAAAUAUAUACAGCGAUAGUUUGUUAUGGAAGGGGUUUCAUUUAUAUUGCUGUUAUAUCUCAGGUAUGUUUGUUACGAUUUUAUAUAUUUGUCAUUUUGUUUUACUGUUUAAUUGUUGAAUGGUGUAGAAAUGAGGAGAAAGAAGUAAAAUAUAUAAUCAAUGAAAUACAAA